AUGGCAUCGUACUGGUAUUCAACCGAUGGGAUGGAUCACAAGCGGCUUUCAAGUCGACAUCUCGAUAUGCUUGACAAUGCAUACAAAAAUCGCACUCGAAUCAAAAUCUUUGAUGAUUACGCUUUUGGACCUGAGGUGGCUGCUAUAGCCGAUCCCUACCUCGGCACAAUGACAGCAGGCGAGAUCCAUUUUGGAUUAUACCGCAACCCUACUCUACGCGUGAGUGGGGAUGGUAUGGAUGAUUUGGACAAUCUUAUCCUCUUGGAUAGCACAGCUGCCAUGUUUCAAUUUUCGUCGUCGUCGUCGUCGUCAUCAUCGUCAUCGUCUGGAUCAUCUCCUUCAACCACGGAUAACUCGUGCGUGCUAGUAGCAUCACACAACUUUUUGGGCCAGCGAAGACACUCUUUCCCUGCUAUCAAGAACCACAAUAAUAGCAGCAAGAAACGAUCGGAUCCUUCACCAACACCAAAUCAUUCAGCUGGUCAACGUCCAAAUCAAGAUGAAUGUGUUUGCUGCAUCAUCUCAUGA